CCGUUUCUGCCGUGGUGGACUCGUUCAAUCGGACUGAGAGACUCGGUGAGCCACAAUGACGACAGCAGCACGACCCACGUUUGAACCUGCUCGAGGUGGACGAGGCAAAGGAGAGGGUGAUCUGAGCGCACUCUCUAAACAAUACUCCAGUAGAGAUCUGCCAGGACAUACCAAGAUCAAAUACAGACAGCCCACCCAGGAUGCCCCUGAAGAGGUUCGCACCCGUGAUUUCAGACGUGAGCUGGAGGAUAGAGAGCGAGCAAUUGUGAAGAGGGACCGAGGAGUCAGAGAACACACCUCUUCAUCUUCAUCAUCCUCGUCUUCUUCAACCAAACGUCCUCGUCUCGAUCAGAUUCCUGCCGCUAACCUGGACGCUGAUGACCCGCUCACAGACGAUGAUGAGGACUCUGACUCUGGAUCAGACAGUGAUGACGACACCGCCGCCCUGCUGGCUGAACUUGAGAAAAUAAAAAAAGAGAGAGCAGAGGAGCAGGAGAAGAAGGAGCGUGAGCAGAAGGCGGAGGAGGAAAGAAUUCGGAUGGAAAACAUUCUGAGUGGAAAUCCUCUGCUCAUCCUAGCAGGACAACAACAACCACCACCACCACAGACACAGAGCACCUUCAGCGUUAAACGCAGGUGGGAUGACGAUGUCGUAUUUAAGAACUGCGCUAAAGGAGUGGAUGAGUCUCGGAAGGAGAAACGCUUUAUUAACGACACACUGCGCUCUGAAUUCCACAAAAAGUUCAUGGAGAAAUACGUUAAAUAGAUCAGCCAACCUUUAAUCUUGUAUUCUCUUUUUAUUUAGAGCAUUUUUCUUCUGUUUCUUUGAUGUGAAGUUGUUGUUUCUGAUUAUCGACUGUAAUUAAAACUGUUUGCUGUAA